AGAAUUAUUUAUGAAACUGUUUACAUCAUGUAUUCAGUAUAAAUGUUCGACUGUCAUUACCAAAUUUAAAUAAUUUUAAGAUUGGUCAAUUAAAACGGUUAAAGUCAGGAGCACUAUAUAGAAAUGUUCGUUAUCCUUACUAUACAUCUAUGGAGAUAUAUAUUUUUAUCAACCUACUGCCCCUUUACAUAAUUAAAGGGUGCACAUGUUCUACAAUCAUACCAUUUAGAAUGACCAAUCAUCCUGGCCUGCAUGACUGUAAGGUGUUUGGAGAUAACAGAAUAUUGGGACAAACGCAUUUGAGAAACAGUGAAGUUGUAGAAUCCACGCACAUUCCAUUAUAUGCGCUGUUUUGGUUAUAAGUAGAGGGCCACAGUACUACAGCUUAUAUACAUUUUGAUUUUUUUGCAAUUUGAGCUCAAACAUAAGAGGCUGCUUUUGUUCACACAGUGUCAAAGUCUUUGGCAGCAUGGUAGUUUUAAAGUGCAGUGAUUCCUAUAUUUGAACCCAAGACAAUGGAGCUGUGAAGUGGCAACACUAAAAAAUGUGUUACCACCCCACACUGAUAUUUCUGUUGAAAUUGAAAUUAGAAGCUGGAAUGAUGCACCAGAGCUACAGUUCAGAGGUCUGAAGUAUUGUAUGACCUUCCAUAGACCCAAGAAAGAGCUAGGAUUUGAGUACAGCCAAGAGGAUUAUGAGUGUGUGCUGUCCCUUCAUACAAGGAAAAGCAUGGAAAGUGUUAAAGAGGAGGUAAGCACAGAAGAGUCUUUCCAAAUUAAAGAGGAGGUUAAUGAUCUGGGGGCACCAGUCAUUAAAGAAGAGCUCCCUGAAAUAAAGGUUUGUGUUAACAUAAAACCAGAAGAGGUGCCCUUAGAUGAAAAGAGUCAUGAUCAGAAUAAAGAAAUCUCACCAAGGUCUUUGGAUUGCACUCAUCACACAUUUAAGGAAGAGUCUGACACUGAAGAAGUGGAUACCAAAAUCUCCUUGAUCAAGGAGGACUUUAAAACAUGUGAAAGUGUUUCCAGUCAGCAAACUCCAUGGUGGCUGACAGAAGAUAUAAGGAAUUUCAAAAAGAGACGAAAUAUGAUGAAAGACCAGACAAAUCAGGAAAGGUCCAAACAGUACAUUUGUUGUGAAUGUGGAAAGACUUUUAUUUAUCUGUCUGGCCUGAAGCUUCACCAGAACAGUCAUACAGGAAACAAACCGCACAGCUGUACUGUGUGCGGGAAAAGCUUCACUCGAAUAUCUGCUCUUAAGUCGCACCAGAGAAUUCACACUGGAGAGAAACCUUAUAGCUGUGCUGAAUGUGGCAAAUGUUUCAGUCAUUCUUUUAGCCUUGCGUCACACCAGAGAACUCACAAUGGUGAGGAACGGUACAAAUGUGUAGAAUCUGGAAGACUUUUCAGUCCUACAUUUGACCUUGAUACAAACCAUAGGAUUCGCAUUUGUCGGUCUUUAAGUUCAACGUUAAGCGAGCCGAGCCCUGAAACAUGGAUGUCUCUGUAAAGGUAAACACACUCUGGGGACAGGAGGUCCUGUGAGCAAUAAAUGGUAAGAAGGGCAUCAGAUCAUCAAUAGGAAAAAAAUAGGCCAGUGGAAAAUGGCCAUAUACCUCUUUGCAGGUUUUGAGAUACUGAGGACUAAAAACUUAUAGCAUGGCAAGAAAAACAGUGUUAAGUCCUAAAACAUGAGUAAUCUAAAAAUCACGACAAGUGAGGGAAGCAGCACUGACACCAGAAGAUGUAUCUACUAAAGACAAGCAGCCAGAAAGUAGUCUGUUGAUCCCACUGGCUGUUACUGGAAAUGGACGUACAUAAAUCGAGAAGAUCUAAAUAUAAGAAGACUAGUAUUGCACAUAUCUCUGUGUGUAUAUGUGUGUGUAUGUGUGUGUGUGUGUAUAUAUAUAUAUAUAUAUAUAUAUAUAUAUAUAUACACAAACACACACACACUAGGUGGCUUCACCCCCUGCUCACUAACGCCCCCGCCUGCGCUUCACGCCAGCAAAUUCGCGUCUCUGUCGCUUGUGUAUGUAGGUUUCACUUUCACCAACCAGCAAAACUUUUAAUUCUCACAGAUAGUCGCAGAUAUUGGGAAGGAACACUACUUUUCCUUGAUGAGCAUGAAUUAGAUGAGCUACAAGUCUCUGACUUAAAUUUUAAAGCCAAACAAUAUCUACAUACUUCUGUCAUAUCAGCUAUGUCCAUAUAUUCAAUCUCUUUUCAUUUUUACCUUUUCAUCAAUAUCGCAUUGAAUUUUGAUUCCGUGUUUUGAAUUGCAUCAUGACAACGCAACAUAUAACUGCCUGUGAGUGAAUAUCAUUUCUUUCUCUCUACAAGAAAUGUGUCUGACAAUAGCAUUCACACAAAUGAGAAAUGACUGAACUGUGUGCGGGGUUAUGUGGGCAGGACUUUUUCAAAUCUCUUUGCAUAAGCUCUUGUGUCGCGUGGCUUGAAAUUUUCCCUUGCUGGAUUUCACUUUCAUCAAGCAACAAAUCUUUUAAUUCUCACAGAUAAGCCUCUUCAUUGGGAAGAAACACUACUUUUUUUUUUUCCCCCGUGAUGGCAACACGAAUUAGACAAUCUACAAGUCUGUGACUUAGUUUAAAUCCAAACACUAUAUUCGAUCUCUUUCCCUGUUCUGUUAUUUCACAGAGUAAUAAUUUGUUUGUUUGCGCUAAUGCAAUCUUUCCUAUCCUUUUUUUGAGACUUGUGAAUUUUCAUACUUCCAUUAUCUCUAACCUGCUCUGCAUGAGUACUGCGCCAACAUUUUUGAAUUCUUUGCAACGUUCUACUUUGUUGUCUACUCUUUGUCUUUUAUUUCAGGCCCCGGGCGUGGUUAAAUCUUUUGGUACAAAGUCUCGUCUCGUGGGACAUGAAAGUGUCUCUGAGAAAAUCAUGUCUUAUGUUGCCAGCGGUUUAGACAUUAAUGGUUGUGUGUUGAGUUAUUUUAAGGGAACAGCAAAUUUACACUGUUAUACAAGCUGUACACUGACUACUUUACAUUGUAUCAAAGUAUCAUAUCUUCAGUGUUGCCCCAUGAAAAGAUAUAAUAAAAUAUUUACAAUAAUGUGAGGGUUGUACUCACUUUUGUGAGAUACUGUCUGUAUAUAUACACACACACAGUAGAACACAGUUUCUUAAUCUAUGUGUUGCGACUCACCAUUGUAUUUAUUGAAAAUGUUUUGCGAAGUGUCUCGCGAUGGAUUUAUGCUGGUGUAUUGUUUAAGCAAUCAACAGUGCUGCACUAUGAUAAUCAAGAGUGAUUCUCCAAUGGGGAAAACUAUGCCUGUCGGCAGUGAUUCUCUAAGGAAGAGCCCACCUCAUCUAAGAAUGUCGGUGAUGAUUCUAGAAGGGGGAUUAUCGCCCCUCUGCUAUGACUGUUGGUUGUGAUUCUCCCGGGGGGACACACCCCCUUACCAUCUGAAGGUUUUCAUGGACUGGGUUUUGAAGACACUAAGAAGGGCAAGAUUGGGUCAUGAGAAAAAAGUUUAAGAAGCUCUGCAAUAAAAGAUUCUUUACCAGGAACACCAAACCUUGGAAGUAUCUAACCCAGUUUUAUGGAGGGCUGUAGUGGCUGCAGGUUUUUGUUGAACUUGUCCUUGCUUAGCCACCAGCUAGUGCUGUGCUGCCUCUGCUGGUUAUUCUCUUUGACUUAAUUUGUCACUGCUUGUUUGAUUCAGAUGUUAACAUUUUUAAACUCAGUAAAACAAUACAUUAAG